UGUGCAUUCAUCCUAUCUACUAGACACACACACGUUUCCAUAGCAACGACAACCUUGCCUUGGUAAACACACACAACAGUCCACGCAUCUCAUCAUCCCUCUCCCCCUCUGCAUUGGCCGCCUCGCCCAGUCGCGACGCCGCCGCCCACAACGCCCGAGCGUUCCGACAACGUCCCGUUUGACCCUUUGCUCGGCGGCGACACGAAUCAACGACGCACAAGCAAAAGUCGGACAAGCACCACCUACAACGACGUCCAACUUGGUCGCAACAAACGCCCAUUGAUACACACACACUCAACCUUCCUUCCUCACCUUCCCCCCUUGCUCGGCUUGACGCCUCGUUGCCCCUCCCCUUCCUUUUUACAUUCCCACUUUGGUUGAUCAGCACGAUGCCUGCAUCAACUCAGCCUGCCCAGGCAAUGCCUGCGCCCGCAAACCCAUCCCGUCCCACCCGCAAAAUGUCCACCUCGAACGGAGCAGCACUCCGCCUCCCAAGCUACAAUGGCCGUACAGGCGCUUCCCCCAUGUCCUUUGGCGCCGCCAUGUCGGGCGUCAGCUUCACCAACGCAGGAGGCCAGUCAUACGGCAGACCCCAGGCUCCGGGGAGUUAUGGAGCGCGCUUCUACGGUGACACUUCUGACUCGCCUGGUCUAUUCUCAACGUCCAUCAACAUGGACAUGGGCUCGUUUGCCGCUUCAUCAGCAAUGUUCGGCUUGCCAAUGGCCAUGUCGUCGUCGUAUGCCCGAAAGUCGUACGCCGCGGCUGUGGGUGGUCGCGAGUAUGGUGUCAACGCCUUAUCGGCGUCCCUAGCGUCGGUGGCCAUGGGAUCACUGGGCCGCUCGUACUCUCGGUCACAGCUUGAAACGCUCAUGUCGCUCCGCACAGAUGCCGAGCAUACCAAGGAGUACGAGUGCUGUGGCCUGACUCACCAUGGUCUCCACGCCCUUCUCGAGCACGUCGAGGACCAGCACCCAUACGCGGAUCCCAACAUGCCAGACGCUGGCUUUUCACCCGUCACGUUAGCCAUGGACCUCGACCUCGAGGGCGACGGAGACACCACUGAGCCGCCAUCUACCACCCAAUCUGCCCGCUCGUCAACGUCGCCUCGGCCCAUGUACCCCCUGACGCCGAACUCGUCAGUCGGUCCCAAGCCUGACCCCCCUGUGACGGCGGCAGCCACUGUUGCAUCCAAGGCAACUGCGACCCCUACGGCCAUUGCCCAGCCCCUGGCCGCGGCCCCGGCGUCUACUGUGACUGCCCUCUCCCUCUCGGAUGUGCUCAAGUCGCCUCCAGAGAGCGAGAACCCCUCUCUGUUGUCCUCGCUGCCAGUGCCCAGCGCGUCAACGUCUCCUUCCUCGAGCACCACUGCCACCAACUCUUCGCCUCCCUUCGCGCCCAAGAUCACGGCCGCUUCUCGUGGGGCAUUCCUUGGUCCUACCCCCAAGACGGGCCAGAACCGCUUUGACCGCGCGUUUAACGAGGUGGUGGCAGGCAAAGCCGGUCUGGUGGAUGACGCAACCAAGCCACCAGGGCCUACUGCCGUGGCGCCGGGAGUCUUGUUUACUGCGGCCGCUGCUCUGGGUAUGCCGUCAGCCCCUCAAGUUGUUGGUCGCCGCGACGGCGUUGCUGGAAGCGGUGCUGCAGGUGCUGCGGCUACGCCUGCCACUACCGAGGGUGGUGAUCAGGACAAGAAGGACGACAAGGAUGCCACGGCCAACGGUGACAGGCCCAAGCCUCCCGAGCCUCAGCUCCCUCAGCCCAGCCUGUUCACCACCCACAAGGCAUGGCGCUGCCCCAACCCGGGCUGCAACAAGGCCUACAAGCAGAGCAACGGCCUCAAGUACCACCUUCAAAAGGGUCAAUGUGACUUUGCCAUUCACGACGCAAUCGACCAUGGACUCACCCUCGAGGAAGCCGAGGAGCGAUCUCGCCCCUACGUGUGUGCCGUUGGUGCUGGCUGCACCAAGCGUUACCGCCAGAUGAACGGACUGAAGUACCACUACCUCAACUCUGGAGAGCACGGAGAGUACGGUUUACGUAUGCUGCAGAAUGGCACGCACCCGCACCCUCCUUCUCUUCCUCCCCCUCCCAAACGCGACCGCUCUCAGCACGCCAAUGGCAACUCAACAGCCAACGCCAGGCCCAACGCCGCCCCGUACGCCAUCCCUUCGCAGCUUCAGCGCCCUGCUGCUGCUGGCGCAGUCCACAACGCUGCUGCUGCCCAAGGCCCGAGGAUGGGAACAUGGCCCGCUGCUCAGCAGGCGCGCCCAGCGGCUACCACCACGCCCGCUGCUGGUCUCACCGCGGCUCGUCCCGCUGCCGCCACGGCCACGCCGACUGCUGCUGCUCCUGUUCGCCCGACCGCCACGCCGACGGCCGCGACCACGACCGCUGCCUCGGCCGCCAAGCCACAGCUCGCCCCCGUUCAGCGCGGACGGGACGCCGUCCUGUUCUCGAGCGUUGACCUGACCGACGUGUAAUAGACUGGCGACCGACAGCAGCCACCGCAUUCGACGACUGGAAGGCGGCGACCGGCGCGUGUACGAGGGAGGCGAAGCGUGUAACGCUAGUUUUGGGCUCAGUCCGGCAUCUACAACAAUGUGUGUCGCAUACUAUGGCUCGCGUAGGACCUUUACUUGUUGAGAAUUGUUUCAUGUUCAUCUCUCCACCCCAUCCCCUCCCCCCAUACCCAUCCCCUAUCUCAUCCCAUUGCCUCAUCCCCCUCCAAUCCCCUCCACACCCACUACUCCAAAAGGCCGCCUUGUCGGCCACUCGCUCGCUCUCCCCCCUCCCCCCAUCUUGCCCAACUUGCUUAUUGUUGUAGCUAGAGAAUGAUUGAUGGAUCGUAAUUGCACCAGCGGGG